CAGAAGCAAUUCUUGUUCAUAACAGGCUUUUCACUCUUUCAAGGGGAGAAGAUAGAUGCAUGCAUUGUGUUCGUCACCACUACCACCCUGCUAAUCUGAGCACAUUGUUGUCUCGUGUGUCAUUGCGUGUUCUCCAUACUGUCCGGGUCCCAUCAACUGCAGCAUCGCCGCCAUUGCGGCAGAGACAUAACCUACUCUCCACAAAGACUCCAUUUGCCAGGCAUACCAGCAACAUGGCGAUCACCAUUAACCACCCACGGGAUCCCAACACUCUAUCAAACUACAACAAUUGGCGGACAAUUCAUACUUCCACGACCCUUGACAUCCUGUUCGACGAGCAGAAGCUGAAAGGCAUUGUGGCACACAGCUUAAAAGCUAUCACCGACGGAGAAAGCGACGAAAUCCUCCUCGACUCAAGCCAUGUACUUAUCAAGAGCGUCAUCGUCGACGGCAAGCCGGCACAUUGGGAGACUCUCAAACGUCUCGAACCAUACGGCAGUGCACUGAAGAUCAAGCUCGACCGGAAACCGAAACUGGACGAAACGAUUGACGUCGAGAUUGACCUAGAGACCACGGAGUCAUGCACAGCCCUACAAUGGCUGACUCCAGCCCAAACCUCCAAUAAAAAGCAUCCAUACAUGUUCUCUCAAUGCGAGGCAAUUCAUGCGCGAUCAAUCUUCCCAUGUCAAGACACACCCGACGUGAAAGCAACAUUUGACUUCGCCAUCAAGUCACCCCUUCCCGUCAUCACAUCCGGAAUCGGUGCCAAAGACAAUCCAACGUCCCCUACUUCCAACGGUAGCUCUCAACUCUAUAAAUUCCACCAAAAGGUCCCAAUCCCAUCAUACCUCUUCGCCAUUGCCAGCGGAGACAUCGCGACCGCCAAAAUUGGCGCCCACAGUGUAGUCGCCACGGGACCCGACGAGCUGUCCGACUGCAAAUGGGAACUCGAAGACAGCACCGACAAGUUCAUCAAAGCCGCCGAAUCACUAGUUUACCCCUACGCCUGGGGCGAGUACAACGUCCUCGUCCUCCCCGCAUCUUUCCCCUACGGCGGCAUGGAGAAUCCAAUCUACACAUUCGCCACUCCCACAAUCAUAUCCGGCGACCGCGAGAACGUCGACGUCAUCGCGCACGAACUCAGCCACUCAUGGUCAGGCAAUCUCGUGUCCAACGCGUCGUGGGAACACUUCUGGCUCAACGAAGGCUGGACAACAUAUCUCGAACGGCGCAUCCAGGCCAUCGUCCACGGCGGCGACCAGUGGCGCGACUUUUCCGCGAUCAUAGGCUGGCAGGCCCUGACCGAGUCGAUCAAAGGUUUUGGCGAGGAACACGAAUUCACAAAACUAGUCAUCGACCUCAAGGGCAAAGACCCCGACGACGCAUUCUCCAGCAUCCCCUACGAAAAGGGGUUCAAUUUUCUGUACCACAUCGAGAAACUCAUCAGCAAAGCCGAGUUCGACAAGUUCAUCCCGCACUACUUCGAGACAUGGCGCGGCAAAAGUCUGGACAGCUACGACUUCAAGGCCACGUUGCUAGACUUCUUCAAGUCUGACAAGUCUGUAUCCGCCAAACUCGCAAAGAUAGAUUGGGACACCUGGUUCUACAAACCCGGCUUUCCGCCGCGUCCGGACUUCGACACGAGUCUGGUAGACGUCGCGUACAAACUUGCCGACCGGUGGGAGUCAUUCACGUCAGACCCCAACGCUGAUUUUGCGCCCAGCAAAUCCGACAUUUCUGGGUGGACAGCAAAUCAGCUCGUCGUGUUCCUCGAGCGGGUCAUGACAUUCAAGAAGCCUUUACCAGCAGACCAGGCAGGCCGUAUGGGAGACGUUUACUCUCUCAAGCAGACGAAGAAUGUCGAGGUCUCGGCGCGGUACUACCAGAUUGCCAUGGCGAGUAAAGACGACUCGAUCAAGAGCCUUGUCGCCGAGAUAUUGGGACAGGUUGGAAGGAUGAAGUUCGUGAGGCCAUUGUACAGGGGUCUGAUCAAGUUGGAUUACGAGCUUGCGGUGGACACAUUUGAAAAGAACAAGGACUUUUACCAUCCUAUUUGUCGGGGGAUGGUGGCGAAGGAAUUGUUCGGGGAUAAGCAGCGCAAGCAGUAGCCACAGGCGCAGCCGCAGCCGCAGCCAAGGAGUUAGAAGUUGGCGAUGACAGACAAAAUAGAAUACCAUAUACGUGAUG